GUGGAAUUGCAAAGUUCAUACAAUUUUUUUUUCGGGAGACGUUUGUUUGGAGAAAUCGGAGGAAACACAAUUGUUGAAUAAAUAUAUUUCGUGGAGAUGAAGAUGGAAGAUGCUAGGGCUAGGCUUUUACCUCUGAUGAAGGAGAAGGAUAAAAUUGAGGCGGAAUUGGCGGAGUUGAAGAUAAUUCUGGAUAAAAAUCAUGUCGGGAUGGAUGAGUCUCUGGUGGACUCUGAGGGCUAUCCCAGGGCUGACAUCGAUGUCUACGAAGUGCGACACGCUAGAGUCAAGAUUAUCCGUCUCCAGAACGAUCACAAGGCCAUGAUGCAGAGGAUCGAGACUGGAUUGGUUGAGAUGUACUCGAUGGCAAGGCAAUCCCCUACGUCAACUUCAUCAUCCCCUCGAGUCGAUCCUGUCGAGGAUAAUUCCACACCUGGAGAACCCUUCGUACAGGUCAAUCUCGUGUCUCCAGGAUCACCAGCUGCACUAGCUGGUCUCUGCGUCGAUGAUCUAGUGAUCGAAUUUGGAUCCAUCAACUCUCAGAAUUUUAAAUCCUUCAAGGAUUUUGGGGAAGUAGUCAAUCACAGUCUCAAUAAAUCAGUUAUUGUCAAGGUCAAACGCAGAAAUGAUUACGUCGUUUUGACUCUGGUACCGAAACCCUGGGCGGGUAAGGGACUACUCGGGUGCCACAUCGUUCCACUGGAAAAUGUCGAGAGAUAAAUCAGAGGGAGAACCAGAUAAAAUUCAAUUUCGAUUUUAAGGAAAUUGGCAUGCACCCUCAAAACAUCCGAGAAAUAUCUAGAUUGGGAAUUCCUUGUACUUUCAUAUUUUAUUGUAACGAAUUAUUUAAUUGUGGGGAUUUAUAAUAAUUAAUUCAGUUUAAUUUAAUUGUUCUGGAAAUAAAUGCAACAGCGAAUAUUUA